UUAGGAGGUCCAAUUCACUCCGAACGCCCCAUGCGAAUCAUUGUCAUUGGAGCUGGCGCCUCCGGACUGUGUCUUGCAUACAAACUUCAGCGAUCAUUUGAGAAUUUCUCGCUCAAGGUUUUUGAGAAGAACUCCAACAUCUCAGGGACGUGGUUUGAAAACAGGUAUCCCGGAUGCGCCUGCGAUGUCCCCGGCCACAACUAUGUCUGGAGUUGGGAACAGAAGAAAGAUUGGUCGGCCGUAUACGUGGGAAGUAAGGAGAUCUUCAAGUACUUCAAGGAUUUUGCGGCGAAAUAUAACUUGGGUCGGUACAUCAACGUCAGCCACGAAGUUAUCGAAGCUCGAUGGGAAGAAGCAGAGGGCUUGUGGAACGUUAGAGUGAAAGACCACACUACUGGUAGCAUCUUGGAGGAGAGCUGCGACAUCUUAAUCAACGCAUCUGGGAUCCUCAAUAAUUGGAAGUGGCCGUCCAUACCUGGAUUACAGAGUUUCAAAGGCCAAAUUCUGCACAGCGCGCAUUAUGACGAAUCCAUCGAUUUGGCGGGAAAGACCGUGGGACUGAUCGGAAAUGGGUCUUCUGGAAUCCAGAUCUUGCCAGCUAUAUACCCCAAGGUUAAAUCAGUAACGACAUUUCUGAGGAGCCCGACAUGGGUCGCCCCGAUCCAAGGGCUCGAUCAACACGUCUACACCAAAGAAGAGCUUGACGAUUUUGCAAACCGCCCAGGGCACCUCUUGAAGCAGCGAAAGGAUAUCGAGAGCACUGUCAAUUCGAUCUACCCCAUGUUUUUGAACGGAAGUAAGAUGCAAGAAACUACCAAGAAGCGAGUAGGAUUCCAGAUGCGAACGCGUCUGGCGGGUCAGAAGCUUCAAGAGAAGUUGAUACCAGAGUGGGGAUUUGGCUGCCGGAGAAUGACGCCGGGCAUCAUGUAUCUUGAGACUCUGCAAAAGCCGAAAGUUGAGGUUAUCUAUGGCGAGAUAGCCGAGAUCAACGAGAAGGCCGCGGUCUGCGACAACGGCAAGGAGUACGAGAUGGAUGUUCUGAUUUGCGCCACUGGCUUCGACACCUCGUUCAAGCCCCGUUUCCCUAUAUAUGGAAAGAAUGGGAAGAACCUUCAAGAUCUGUGGGGAUCGGCUGCAGAGGCACACUCGUAUAUGGGAGUCGGCGCACCCGAGCAGCCGAAUUACCUUCACUUCUUAGGUCCUAACUGUCCUAUUGGGAGCGGUCCUCUUGUUGGAGCUAUUGAGGCACAAGCCGACUACAUGCUCCGCUGGUGCGACCGCUGGCAGACUGAAAACAUCAAAUCCUUCACUCCCAAACAAGCCGCCAUCAAUGAUUUCGCCGCCCGUACUGACCUCUUCAUGCGUGACACUAUCUGGAAAGCUGGUUGCCGUAGCUGGUACAAGCACGGGACUAUUGACGGCCGCGUCUCGGCACUUUGGCCUGGCAGCUCCCUGCAUUAUUUCGAAGCGAUGCAGUACUUGCGUGCGGAUGAUUUUGAUGUGGAGUAUAAGGGCAAUAGAUUUGAUUGGUUGGGGAACGGAUUCAGUCAAACGGAAUUAGAUCAGACUUGUGAUUGGGCGUAUUAUAUCCGGGAGGUUGAUGAUUCGCCGUAUUUGAGUAAGGCGAAGCUGAGGAAGGUGUUGACGAAGAGUGGGACGGUGGUGCGAGAGCCGCAGCCGGAGCUCGAUGAGGAUGAUCCGAAUUGGAAAGCGUGGUGCUAAAGUGCCUGUGUCAAUCGUAUCAUUUGCGGCAUAGCUACACUCU